AUGGCGGCGAUGGCGCUCGCUGUGGCGGCCGCUGCGGACGACGAAGACGCAUCGGCCCACGCUGAGGCCAAGCAGCUGGUCGGGGGACUCGGGGCCGUGGUGGCCGGCGCAGAAGGCGAGGAGACGAGCGCGAAACUCAGAGGCGGCCGCCGACUGCUGCUCAAGCAGCGCAGUAAGCACCAGGCCAAGCUGCAGGAGGAGGACCAGAUGAAGACGCACCUGGAUCAGUACAAGCAGCGUCGAGUGGCCAUCAACUCGCUCCGGAAGAGGUUCGACAUGUACGCGAGCAAGAGCGUGGAAGCGGGCGACGGCAGGCGCGUCAAGGCCAUGACGUUCACCGACUUCUUGCACUCGUUCGUGCUCCCGCAGUUCCAUCUGCACUCGCCCCGGCCGGACGUCACGUACAGUUGCGACUUCGUGGGGGACGCGAACGGACUCAUCACGUACGAGGAGUGCUACCUGCUUAUCCACCUGCUGCAGAUCCCGAAGGAGCACUUUGACGUGGCGUUCUGCAUGCUUGACCUGGAUGGAGACGGGUCUGUGGACAAGGCUGAGUUCAGCGCGGUGAUUGAAAACUUGCUGCGAACUAUCACGACUCGUGAGGGUGGGGAAGAAGUGCCAAUCUCCGCGGACAGCACACUGCCGCGCCUCACCAAAUUCCUCUUUGGCCACUUCAGCAAGACUAUCACGGCGAAAGACCUUGGGGAGGCCUUGGAUGAACUCCGCAAGCAAAUCUUGAGGGCCGAGUUUGAUUUAUAUGCUACCGUGAACCCGCUGACGAAGGAGCAGACCAUGUCGGUCCAUGACUUUGCUCUCACGCUCGUCUCCUGCUUCGACCCGGACAAGUUGUCCCCGUAUCUGGAACGCGUGCAGGAACUGAAUGCGAGCGAGGGAGUGAUAACCUGGGAAGAAUUCUUCGCCUUUCACUUCAACGUGCAGAGCCACUUGCCGGAUAUCAAAUUGGCGUUUGAGCUUACUGGAGCCGACGAAGUCACCGAAGCCGACUUCAUUCGUGCGGCACAUGUCGUGAGCGGUGUGGAGCUAUCGUCCCCUGUAGUCCAGCUCGCGUUCCGCAUCUUUGAUGACGAUGCCAACGGAACUUUGGACCAGUCGGAGCUCUUCAAGGUGCUGGAAAUGCGUAACACGGUCCAGCUCCACCAGGAGUCGCUAAGUGGAUCACGGAUGCAGAAGCUAUGGCACUGCCUUAAGGAAGACGACAAACACUAA